AUGGCCACCGAGCAAUCAUCAACAGAGCCCUUGAGGCCCGUGACGCCUGCCGCCGAUGCAUCACGACCGACGACGGCCGGCCAGGCCGACACGCUGCCCGUCCCCGGCGUACAGGUCGACGGCGUGAGCGACGAUGAACGAGAGCCGCGCAGCACGACGGCCGCCAGCAACGACGCCAACCUCACCCCAAGCGCACAACCAAGCCGCGCCCCGUCGCCCAAUCCCCACGCCCAGUUUCCCCACACGCAGGUCACGUACGAAGACCCGGACUUCACCCGCCCGCCGCCGCUCAACUACACGCUGCGCACGCGCAAGAAGUCCAUCUUCUGGUUCUGGACCCUCAUCAUCCUCGACUGCGUCUUCAUGCCCAUCGGCCUCUACUUUGGCAUGUGGUAUGGCCUGACGCGCGACCAAUUGUCCGCCAACGCCGUCUUCAGUAUCAGCACCGCCUUGCUCGGAACCGUGUCGAUUGUCGAGUACUUCAUCCGCUUCCACAGGCUAUGGAAGAAGGGCUCCAGUUGUAGGGUCAUUGGUGCGCAGAGAUGGUACCUCGACUGGUUCCACUGGAACUUGUCGGUUGGUUGGUUCUUUGUUAUGAUUGAACUUAUUGCUGGCACAUGUCCUCAUGACCCGCCCAUCCGUGUCCUCGCCAUGCCAGCCCCGACCAUGAUGUUUGCCAUCGGUUGCGAACUCCUCCUCGUGGACAUUCUGCGCAUCAUGAAAGUACCCGCACCGUGCCGUAUCUCCUCGCUACCCCAGGGCGCGCCUCUCCGUCCGGGUAUCUACGCGUACAUUGAAGACAUUUGCGCUGUCGACGGAUCCGGUGGUACCGAGUUCCGCCAGCGAUUGAACCUCCGUUACCAGGCCAGCAAGGGCUUCCGCACAAUGCUUCACCGCUUGACAUUGUUCUGGGCCAUUGGCGCCAUCGUCACAGCCGUGGUUUGCACAGCUAUCAUCUUCACUAUCCAGCGAGACGCUGCUUACGUUGUUGGCUGGGUUCUCCCCUUCCUCUGGGCCGGUAUCUGGACCGCCAUCACCAUCCCCUGGGUCCAACGUGAACUCAAGAAAGAGUACGAAGAGUGGACCACGGCCAACUUCAAGGCCUAG